AUGCAGGUUCCACCACUUCGAAUAUCGUUACCGCGUACGCCGAGCGAAGAUGGUGCAACAGUAGUGAAUGCAACGGAUGACACGGCAUCAGCUGCAGCGAAUGCUGGCCGACGAACUACCAGAGGUGCCAAGGGGCACUCAAAGAAGAACCAAAGCCCUGAUGAAAGUGCGAACAAGAUAUGCGAUGAGAGCAUACAGCGAAUUACAAGGAGUAAACUUCGGCAAGCCGGCCGGCAGCUUCGUGAUCAACCAGCUAUCCGUUAUGAGCCCACAACAAAGAAAAAGUCAAAUUCCUGGCGGCGUGGUUCCGUGGCUACUGCUUCGCCAAUGCCAGCGCCGUCGUUGGCCGCCUCUGAUGAACAGCCUUUUUGCAGCAACGAUGCAGCUGAACGAAUCGAUGGUUUGUUUGGGCUGUAG